UUCUCCUUUGUCUUCUCUCUAUCCAUCCAGCGGCUCUGCUCUCCUUCCUCUCUCUCUCUCUCCGUGCUGCAGCCACACACACGCCCACGGCCCGGCAUUCACCUCUCUCUUCUUCCUCCACAAUGAACCAAGCACCACUAUCUGCUAGACCGUGGCGGCAGAAUCGAGCACGGGUGCGCGCGGCCGUCUCACCCGUGACCGGUGGCUGCUUCGCGUUCGUCGACAGAUUGCGAUGCUGCUGCUGCUCGUAUGGGCUCCCGGUGACCAGGCCAGCAUGCGCUGGGGCUGCCUGGGCUCCCAGCAGCCGGCCUCCCCGCCGCCUCCAACAUCGCCUGGAGAGGAGCUCCUCCGUGCUUCCGAGCCGCCUCCUCGAGCAGGGCAGCCAGAGGGAAGGGAGUCAGCACAUGGAACACAACUGGAACGCCCCGCCUUGGAGCUCGCUGCCUCCGGCAACCUCUUUGUCGGCCUCGUGCUCCUCUGUCUCGAGCACCCCCUCCUGGCCGCCGUCCAUCUCUUGGUGGUGCCUGUUAGGCAGGCGUUGAUGCUUAUCCUCGGCUCUCUCUCUCUCUGUCAGUUGUCUCCUUCAGGCCGAGGAGGAUGAGUGGGGCUCUCGCAGCUGGGCCACUGCGGCCGCGUUGACUGAGGAUGAGCGCGCGUGUCCGGCGCAUAUGGCCCGUCCUCCGCGCCUCCGCUCCUGCUCCUCCUCUCGCCCGGGCAACGUCCCGCUCACGCCCUUCAUGUGCUCGCCGCCGUCGUUCUGCGCCCGAUCGGAUCGGGAGCACCGCAGCUCGAUACAGCCCAAAAAGAUCUUGAACCGUUUUUUCUUUAACUCACCGAGGACUGCGGGUUGAAUAGCCGAAAUAGUAGGGGGUUUUCUGCAAACAUUCUGACGUACGACCAGAAGCACUCCAUGCUUUAUUAGUAGGGAAAAGAUAUACAUGUCAACUAUUUCAUGCCCUCUU